AACAGAUAUUCUGUUCUUUUCUCAUGGUUAUUUUAGCUUAUUCUACUACUUUAAUCUUUCUCGUAAAAAGGUAAAAGGGUAAAAAAGCUUGGACUUUGAACAUUUUCAGGUGUUCUUUUUUCUUUUUAUAUUCUUCUGCAAAUUUACAUUAUUUGAGGAGGAACUGAUCAGUAUAGAAAUCAAACUUCAAAGCUUCCAUUUUUAUGUCUGCUUCUUACACCCACCUAUUAAAAAAUCAUAUUACUAUAGUAGUAUUUCUCUGAAAACCUUGUAGUAGUAUUUUUUUAGCAAACACACUGUCAUCUGUUCUUGCAAAAAUUCCUCUUCGAAGAUAACAGAAGUGGCCUUAUCAAUAUGCAAACAGAUGAAAGUGUUGGCGGAUUUGGGCUGCCUCCGACUUACAUAGUUGGAGACGCCAUGAACAAGCUUUCUGGCCAGCUAACGAGUCGUGUUGCCACAGCAAGCGAUGCUCUCUGCCCCAAUAAUAUCCUAUCAGCAAACCGAGCCAUGAGUUUCUCUUCGUUCCCCCAAAUCAGCCCGUUUCAUGGGGCUGAUCGGUUUUUAGAGGCCAUUCCUCUCCCUAAUCUAUCCAUUGGCACCUUCCCUUAUGCCUCCAUUGACAAUCAUCAGGAAAAGGUUGCAAUUCCAGGAUGUCCUCAAAACAUGAGAUAUAGCGCUGUCAUGAACGGCCUAGACGUCUUUGGUCCCUCCCUCGAGAUAAUACCCCAUGGCUACGGAGGCCUACCUUUCCCUCCUGAGCUCACUGGGCAUGUAGUUGGAAGAACUAGCCUCCCACCACCGGCCCAACCAGCUCGCAGCUGCAACUCAAGGGAAUGGCCGGUGAUGGAGCAAGUAGGGUUCGGUUCCCACAGUCAAGACUCGUCUCAGUAUAGCAACGAGCUAUCUCUGAGUCUCGUGACAUCAAAGCCUUCCAUUCUACAGGGGCACUCUACACCACAGGAGCAGUGCUCGGAGAUAUGCUGCUCCAAUGGUGUGACUAGCUACUCGUUGCCCGAGCAUACUUCUUCCAGCAGCAAGAACCAAUCAUCGCGCUCCAAACCGCUCCAACUUCCACCAUUGCUGUCAGGAUCAAGGUUUCUCGAGGCCCUGCAAGAAAUACUCGCUGCAAUAGCUUGCUAUGCACUAGAGAAUAUCGAAGAUGUUGGAAUAAACGUCUCGUAUUCUUCAAUUAGCUCCUCCAAGGGGAUUGAAGCGGAUCAAGCGUUUGUGUUUCAAAUGCAAGAAACAAGCCUAGAAGCAAAGAGAAAGCAUCUCCUAUCUCUACUGCAAAUGGUUGAUGACCAAUACAUCCAGUGCCUCGAUGAAAUCCACACGGUCACCUCUGCAUUUCAUGCUGUGACGGAGCUAGAACCUAAUCUGCACGCUCGUUUUGCUCUUCCCACAAUCUCGUUCAUGUACAAGAGCCUCCGGGAGAGGAUCAGCAACCACAUUCUUGCAAUCGGAUCUCAUCUCAAGGAGGGAGAAACGCGAGAAAACAAGUCAUUUGAGGCAUGCUUCAUCCAGAAGCAGUGGGCUCUGCAGCAGCUUAGCAAGAGAGAUCAUCAACUGUGGAGGCCUCAAAGAGGCCUCCCGGAAACAUCUGUCUCCGUUUUGAGGACAUGGAUGUUUCAGAACUUCCUCCACCCGUAUCCAAAGGACUCGGAGAAGCACUUGCUUGCUUUGAAAAGUGGCCUAACUAGGAAUCAGGUGUCGAACUGGUUUAUAAACGCUCGCGUCCGGCUAUGGAAACCAAUGAUCGAGGAAAUGUGUGCAGAAAUGAACAGAAGAAAAGCACGGGAGGAAGAUGAAGAUAUGGAAGGCAACCACAGAAACCAACUGCGCUUUGAAACUAGGAGAUUUACAAGGGAUUGAUAAAGGUGUAUAUUUAUAUAUGUGUAUUUUAUGUAUUUCUUGUCACAAUGCUUUGAGCAAUUCUUGAUUUAUAAUCAGUGCAUUAUAUUGUAUGGUGAUAUAUCAUUACAACCUA